AUGUUUACGCCGAUUCACACUUCACUCGGCGCUCUAUUGCUCUUUCAAGGCUCCUCGGGUCUCUUAUAUCACAAUGGGGCUGUAUUUGGAAUCUCGUCUCUGCUCUCGGGGUCUAUACUCCAACCUAACAGAGAUAAUCUGCCUAUCAUUGCAGGGCUAGUAUCGAGUGUGAUUCCAGUAUAUCUUCUGGCACCCUCACUCAUACCAAUCUACCCAAUGGCACCGUAUUCCGUCGCAUCCGCUGCAGCAACUUUCGGCGUAGGAGUGUUGAUGGGUUGGGGCACAAAGAACGGCCGCGGCUGUACUUCAGGCCAUAUGCUUUGUGGACUAUCACUUCUCUCUCCGCGUUCGUUAAUCGCGACAUCAUUGUUCUUCACCGCCGCUCUUAUAACGGCCAACUUGGCUGGAGGAUCCAACAUUCCAUCAUGCGGAGCAGUUCCAUGCUAUACGCCUGUCUACCCGCCGGCAAAUGAUUUGAUAUUUAUGUGUGGAGCUGUCGCUUUGGCUGCUGUCACCAAUUUCUUUGUCGUACCGAACACCCUCACCCGAUCAGAAGCAUCGAAAGUGUUAUUCUCCUACCUUGCUGGGCUGCAAUUCGGACUGGGCCUCUUAAUCUCUGGAAUGGCCGAUUCUUCCAAGGUUCUCAGGUUCUUUGCGUUCCCCACCGAUAUCUCUCGAUUUGAUCCCUCAUUGGCUCUAAUUAUUGUGUUCGGGAUUGGUCCAUCAUUGUUGGCUUAUAUCUCAAGGAAGCCGGGUCAAGUGAACAAAAAGGAUAAACUUGAAAUUCAGAGAAAACCGACAUUGGCUGAGAGAUGGAGGCUGCCCACUGCAACUGUCACCGAUAUAGAUUGGCGGUUUGUUGCUGGGGCGGUGGCAUUUGGAGUUGCUUGGGGUCUAAGAGGCGUAUGCCCCGGGCCGGCCAUAUUGCGCACAGUCCUUCAGCCCACUUGGGGAUUAGUUUCAAUGAGCGGGUAUAUCGCUGGCAAUAUGCUCUAA